AUGGGUCCCCAUCUUGGAGCAGAGUUUGUGGGAACCUUCAUCUUGAUAUUUGCAGCGACGGCGGGACCCAUCGUGAACCAGAAGCACAGUGGGGUGGAGACUCUGAUAGGGAAUGCGGCAUGCGCUGGGCUUGCGGUGAUGAUAGUGAUUCUUUCCACAGGCCAUAUCUCAGGAGCUCACCUCAACCUCCUCACGAUUGCCUUCGCCGCGCUUCGUCACUUCCCGUGGGUGCAAGUUCCGGCCUAUAUCGCAGCACAAGUUUCAGCAUCCAUCUGCGCUUCCUUCGCUCUCAAGGCUGUUUUCCACCCUUUCAUGUCCGGUGGUGUCACCGUCCCUUCGGUCAGCAUUGGGCAGGCCUUCGCCCUUGAGUUCCUUAUCACUUUCAAUCUCUUGUUCGUUGUCACCGCCGUCGCCACGGAUACUCGAGCUGUGGGGGAGUUGGCUGGUAUAGCGGUUGGAGCUACUGUUAUGCUGAACAUUCUUGUGGCAGGGCCGUCGAGUGGUGGUUCGAUGAAUCCAGUGAGGACUCUGGGGCCGGCCGUGGCAGCAGGGAAUUACAGGGCUAUAUGGAUAUAUCUGGUGGCUCCUACGCUAGGGGCGGUGGCGGGGACAGCUGUCAAACUCCGAGCGGAUGAGGGUGAGCAACCUCGCCAGGUCAGGAGCUUCCGUCGCUAGGGCUAGGCCCCUCCUCCUCCUACUACCUACGUAUUGUAUCAGUUAUUGGUGGUGAGUGUGUUAUAGUAGACGAUAGCUUUCUCCAUAAAAGCUUAACAAUAAAAGUGGAAGUGACGCAAAGUCCACGUCCCAGCAGUUUAGCUUGGCUUGUCAAAUAAUGUUGCUUGUCUUCUUUGUCUUAGCGGCCACAUCAUUGUGAUGUGGGACGCCGGGGCGGUGCUUCUCUCUAAUCUCUAUAGUUCAACCCCCCUUGGAAAAAGACAACGUAUGUUUCUGUGUGUGAUUCUCGUGAUGAUAAUGUUAAUAAAGUACUGAUCGUGUUUUGGUACUA